CUGGUAGUCGAAUCCCUGGAGACACCCUGGGGAUUCCCUCAAAGCAGCGAUGAGUCCCCUCACUCGUGACCAGCGCAGCAGAGGAGGCCCUCGAUAAACCUAAGCGACUCCGGGGACCGUUAAUUACUCCGGCCAGAACCCUUGGGACCAAAUCUAGAAUCCAUCCACUCCUGCGCCUCAGGGGACCCUAAGAUGUUCAACCUGUACCAGAACCUGGGCAAGCGAGACGACGAGUGCCCCAGGUCCGAUUUCACCGGUCAUGACAGAUUCUGCCAAGAGCGACCUGGCAACAGGCGAAGACGACGACCUGUCAGCCGCAGGACACAAAGUGCCAUCGAAUUGGACUCGGAAGCCAUCGUCACUGCCAGGGGGGUCCUUCGAAGAGGACGAAGUGCCAGCAUCGAAGACGAUGAUAGCGAUGAAGAGAGGGGAUAUCAACUGACCAAUAAAAUCGACAAUCUCGCCAAGAUCCUUUUCAACCGAGUCUCCGCUGCCAGAGGGUGCAGGGAUCAGAACGACCUCAGGAAUGGCCGCCACCAGUACACGGCACUGGGUAAUGGGCCAUCGACUUGCGAGGACGUGGGCGAAUACGUUGAAUUGGAGAAAAGGUCAAGAGACCGAGCUCUGUCAAUUUGCCAAGUGUAUCUUCAGGGAACGCCUCGCUACACUCUCAUCAAACAACUCAACAAUGUCGGGUCGAGGGUGGAUAAACAUUGGUUUGCCGUGAGAGACACGUCGCUAAAAGCCGACCGACUCAUGACCCUCGUGCCGUUGAACAGAAAUUGUUCGUUAAACAUCUGCCCGGCGACCAAAGACAUCGUGAACAAUCUUUUCCUGGCUCUACAGCAUCCCUACAUCUGUCCUGUCCUGGACCUGGAGUUCAUCGAGUACGAGGGGAAGAAUUACGUGAUCCUGGUCCAGCCUAUAAACCAGGGGAGCUUGAAGGACCUCGUCUAUGGGAUCGAGAGGAAUUGUUGGAACGAAGACUGGAGCCAAAAGUAUGCAGCGCGAGGUAGAGGUCUUCCUCUGCCGCAGAUCCAGCAAAUGGGCAGGCAAAUUUUGGAAGCUUUGGUGUUCCUGAAGGAAAGAGGCUUCCCUGUUGUCACUCAUUUGCACUCUGGAAAUGUUAUCGUCCAAAAUGGAGUCGCUCGUUUAGCUGGGCUUGAGAACACUCUGCUUGGGUUUACGAGUCGGAUACAUCCUGUGGUGACUUCGAGGCUUUCCAAUGCUAACUACGUCGACACGAUCUGCUUCGGUCACAUGUUGUUCGAGAUGUGUGCUGGCUUCGAGCUGAACGCGUUCAAACCUACUGCUGUUCAUCUCUCUGACAUUGAAAAGUACCCACAGGUCGUCGAACUCCUAGGCAUGAUAUUCGGACAAUCGGGCAAUCGUUACCCCACCAUAGAGGAGCUUCUGGUCCAUGACCUUUUCCGAAAUAUCGACCUUCGUGAAAUGCGCAGUGCGCCGGUCACUAUAUUUCGUCCAACUUUAACGCCUUCCAUAGUGAAUUUACUCGAUGGUAUCAAGAGACAAAAUACGAUAAAAAGCAGGCACAGAUCGAACUCGACGAGUGAUGUUUUAUUGUCCCGCAGAUAUCGGUGAACGACGAGUGUCGACAGCGGAGACAUGAUAUCGUUGAGGAGUCCUUUGAUCGAAUACAACGAAGAAUGUUCACUUCUUGCUCAAAUAUACGACGAGCUAUCGCAAACGACUAUCUAAACUGGGAACAAUUAUCUCCAACCGUCUAACUUCGAAAGCAUACCUUCCACUUUCAAGUGCUAAUUAGAAUAAUUCUCGCUAUCAUAUCCUUAAAGAUGUGUAAAGUGAUAUAGAUCUAUUGGAAAUAAACGAGAUGAACCUAUUUGAAAGUAA